GAAAUUCAAAGAAAAAAUCCAGCAUUCUUGAGACAUUGGGCCAGCCCAGGAAAAAAGAAAUGAAAAAAAAGGAUUCAGUGCCGUGGUGGAUAUCUGAGGAAGAUUCAGAUGAUGGUGGUAAAUAAUGUAGUUUUGCAAUUUUUUUGGCCACAGGGGGUCAGGCUAGUUCUUUCUCAUACUUCAUAUAGGCCUGCUUUCAGAUUAAGUUGAAGACACUCAAGUGCUUUAGAAUAUUACAAUGCAAGUUUGUAAAGUGUAAAACUCAAAUGUAAUGGUAUUGUUUUUAAGGGGAUUGUAUUCAAGCUGCAAGCAAGCUUUCUGCUUUCUUUUCUGUAGCUUUCAAGUUAUUAAAACUUGUAAAGAAUAAAUACAUUAUAAGUAGUAAGAUAAUUAGAAAAUGUAACUUACGAAUUUUGUUGAAAUACUUGUAGGUAUGUUUUGUAACCAACCUGGCCCUUAUACUGACUUUUUAUAGAUUUCUGUUUUCAAAACUGGAGAGGAAAAAGACCAAUUUGUAUAAUCGUACGCUAAUUGCAACAUUUGUAAUAGGUUGGGGAAGCACAGAAAAACUUUUCAACAGCAGCUGGAUUCAAAGAUGUAUGUCUGUCAGUAUUCUCAACAUUUUCCUUGCCAAGAACCAUGGCUCAAGGGGAGAAGGGCUGUGAUGACAUGAUUACUAGUUCAGUAUUUACUUUGUCACAUAGUUCUGGAAGAAAAUAUAUUAUUGUUUUCAAGCUUUCCACCUCUAGGUUUCCAUUUCUUCAUUGUAUUUUUAUUAGAUAGUAAAGCCUAUGAGUAAGUUUCCACAGGAUGAUUGCCUCUUGUUCUUGUAGUAAUUGGUGUCUUCUUAUUUUCAUGGUUUGUAUAAAUUACAACUGGAGUUUAACAGAAAGUUCCAGAAAUCAGUUUUUCAUGUGACAGAGUUAAGAUAGUGCUGGUAGCCUCUGAUUUUAAGCAUACCUCUGUCCUGUCAGUGUUGUCAUAGUUAGGAGCUAAAUCUUAGUCAGCAUUUGUGCCAUUUAGGCAUAACCCAAUAGGUGUUGUCUGGACUGCUUAUCUGUCUCUGGCCUUUUAAGAUGUUGCUGGAAAACUCAGAUGGAUGUGAGAGAGUUCCUGUUAGGUAGUUCUGAGAUACUGUGAUUUCCCUUUUUCAAAAAAUAGAAGUACAGAGUAUUCUUGCUGGGCAAAGUGUGAGAAUUAAGCAGUUAGUGUGACCUCAUUUUUCUACGUACUAUCAAAUAAAAUUUUGAGUUGUCUUUAGAAGUUCAGCAUUCUUCCAUGUUUUUUCUGACAUGCUUGAGGCAACCCAUAAAGUGCUUUGAUGCUACUUAGACCAAAAAACCACUGGAAUAGAUGCUUAAAAGGCAGGGUGAUUACAAGUUUUAGAAACAGUGCUUGUGUGGGUUAACUCCAGCGCAAAGCAGAAUCAGAAGAAAUAAUGUGAUUAUAUCAAGUUGUUCCCAUCCAAACCAGUUCCACCACUUUUAUUUUUUUUAAAUUAAGAAUAUCUUAUCAGCUGUGUAGUUUAACUAGAGGUAAAGCUAUUAGAACUGAAACAUGCUUGAUCUGCAGUUUAUUGACCUAUAAAAUAAAAAGAGAGUUCUGGUAAACUUUUUAAGGUCUCUCUUUUAAAAAGCUUCUCCUUUAACAGGAAAACAUUCAGAAGGUGAGCCUACCCAGUUUUGCCACUAUGGAAUCCAUUUACUUGCAAAAGAAGCUAGCUUGUUCGUAUUCAUACUCUUGAUGAAGAGCUGGAUUUUUCUGGAGGGAGUUGAAAGUAAUCUGUGUGUAAUGUUUUUCGAAUCAAAGAUCCAACAUGUCUUGGCAGUUGGACAUAAUAAAACUGAGAAUACAAGAACAUGGGGCAAAUGUGCUAGAUCUGUGCACUGAAUUCUUCCCUGAGCACCAUUUUUGCCAGCCAGAUUAUUACUGUUAUUUCAUCUACACCUCUGUCACCACUCUGCAUAGAAUUCUGCACUUGUGGGACAUAUGCAGUAAGCCAUAUUCCUUCUAAUACUUUAAUAUUGCCAAGCAGAGAGGCCUUUAAGUUUUACUAGAAGGCUUUCCGGGCUCUAUCUUAGCAAGAAGAGGAUAGCCUUGUGGCAUGAAACAGAGCUCCUGAUUGUAUCAUCGCAUGAGGAAAGGGCUGUAUUUGUCACACCGGACGCUCGCAAAUGGUAGCAGUUAUAUUAACAUAUACUGUGACAGAUUAGGAACUGCAUAGCGCAGAAGCAAUUGCCAUUCUGCUAACUGGAGUCUAGUUGUAGGGCAAUUAACUUAAAAGACAGCUGUUUGCAGAGGCCAACUUGGCCACUUUCAUUAUAAACUGAGUAUUCCUCUGCAGUUGCAGAAGUAGGUAACUUUUAUGUGGCUAUAACUGAGAAGUAUAAAUCCCUCUUUAUAUGUGGGAUUCAUCAAUGUGUGUACACACUACAAACUAUACUAUGAUCUUAGUUCAUGUAGAUAUACUUACAGUGUUGGAUAGGCUUCUAGAACUGCUCCUUUUUUCCUCUGUGUCUUGCAUGCUUCCAAGUACUUUGUCAAGUACAAUUUUUCUAGGUCUAAUGUUCUUCAGAUGUAUUAAUAAUGGAUAUUGCAGCAUUGCAAUGUAGGUUACUGCAUGGGAUGACUGAGAAGACAACAGUUUAGAUUUGUAGCUUUUUGUAAGGUUAUUGAAUGUGCUCUAAACAGCAAAAUAAUUGUCUUGCAGAAAAAAAUAAUAAUAAUUUUGCUCCAGUUGUAACAAAUGUGGAAAUAAGCUGAAUUUAAUUUCUGAAAAGCGUAAUGUUGGCAUUCUUUGAAAUUUUGUGGAGAUCCUUGUGUAUUCUAGGCUUGAACUUACAUGUUAGUUGCAGAUAGGAUUUUAUUAACAGGGUAUCAGCUAACAGAGUUAUUAUUUUUAAAUCUUACCUCCACCCACAGUGCGGCGCUGCAUUACAAAUACAUGAUUCAUAUGUAUGACCUGAUGUGUUUGGGUGGCACUGUACAGAGAUAUUGUUAUAUUAACAAAAUACAAAGUCUGGCUAAUUAGCUUGAGUAAUAUAAGUUGUUUCCAAUUUGAGGUUUUUAUUUUGCAUUAUUUUAGUAUCUAUAUCAUGCUUUCUUGAAAGAUAUGAAGACAGAUGACUGGAAAACAAAAUAUGUGUUAUACAUUUAUUUGUUGUCUGAUUGUUUUUCCCAAGGCAUCUUGUUGCAGAAGUGCCAGGAAAUAGGUAGAGAUUUAAACUAAUAGUCUGUUUUCACUCAGUUUUGUAGAUUAAUGGUAAACAGCAUAGACUAUUUCUGUUCAUUUGGCUGAGAAGUAUAAAGUACAUUUUAAAAUAACUUGACUUGUUAUUCUAGGCACGUUUGAACUCUUUGUUCUUCAGCUUUAAACUGAAAUGUGCAAAUUAUGAUUCAAGAUACUCUCUUCCAUAUUUGACAGGUUAGAGACCUACCUCUAACUAAUGUCCUUUCUACUUGCUUUUGUCGUUUAAAUGAUAAAAAGAAAUUGGAUAAUAAGAAUUCCUGUCCUGUCUUGCUUGCUUGUCUGUUCUUGCUGUUUGUCUUACUUUUCAAGAUUUUCAAACAAGAUUUGUUAAACUGAGAAAAGAGAAGAAAAUGAUGGAAAGCCAUACUGAAAUAGUGGAAAAUAGUGAACAAAAGAGUCCUCAUUCAGAUUCCCAGUCUGGUAUUUGAUUAAAUGUGUUUUGUUAAAUUCAUUCAAUAUCAGUCUUGUAUAUCUAGUGCGUUUCCUAUAGAAAAUCCAAAUAGUCCAUUUGACCAUAGUGUUCUCAUUGAAAGCAAGCUGCCACUUACUUCAUUUGUCAUUUCCAGAAGAAACUAAUAACUGUGUGAACUUUUGCUCAAUUGUCAUUACAUUAUACAUCACUACCUAUAGUGAUGAAGGACAGAUACUAUUGAAUGUAAGCCAGGAAUACUAAUAUUCACUGUACUAUUUGUUUAAUUUCAAAGGCUGCAGUCAGAUAAAUACUCCACUUAUUUUCUAUGGAUGUGAUUCUUUUCCCUCUGCUGACCAGUAGACUGUUCUGUGCAUCCUCUCUCUGGAAUGGAAACAGUACAGGUGGUGUAAUAACGACAAACUAAGUUGUAUAAUCUGCAGGAUUAUUUUAUCAAUGUAACUUCAGUUUCAACCUUUUACUUGAAGUCACUUUUUAUACUAUCUGAAGAGAAACUCCAAAGAAUAAUUGUUACAAGUGUUGAUCCAUGAAAUAAUUUUGUGUAAAUGACAGUUGCAAUUAACUUGUAUGUACUAGUUUAAAUGUGGCUGUAGUGUUAAAUUCAAGCAGAUCAAUAGUAUUUUGGAGAGCCAUGACAAAGAAAUAUUUGGCACUUGGUCUUUAGAUUAUGUUGGUGAUGUACUAUGUAGCCUAUAGAACAUUUGCCUAUGUUAGCUUUCUAGAGAGUAUACGCUGCCCUGUUUUCAUAAGCCUGAUUUCCAUAGAAUAGCUAUAAAGCAUCUCGGUCUGGGAGAUAAACACUAAAAUUUAAUCUGUUUCUCUAAUUAGGCUUAGUAUUUGAACUAUGAGCUAUAGGAGGAAUUUAGUACUUAUUUCAAAUUACUGUUUUAAAAGGCAUCAAGUGUUUGCAUUGUUUACAACGGAUGGCACGCUGUCAACACUUUUCAUUUCGCAGUAAAUGUGUGAGAAUAUAAAUCUGUAGAAGUGAUGUCUCACUAGUGGACUUGGACAUCAGUUGAGGGAAUAAAGGACCCAUGUACUGUAUCAGAAUGGAUUUCAUACUGUUUCUGUUUUCACAUUGCACCUGCCAUAUGCUUACCAGCUUCCUUCAGUCAUCUUGGAUGUUUCUGAGUUGUUUUAGCUUCUCGUCACAUACCCCGAUAGUCCUCUUUCUAGAUAGCAGAAGUUUUGGUCUGAUUCCCUAGACUAUUCUUACUCUCUCUUGUGUCAAGGUAAAUUCAAAAGACCUGUAACAAAGAGUUUUCUCUAAAUUAGCCGAUUUAGAAGCCCCCUAUGUUUUUCCACUUUUCUUUGAACCGAUCUAGAUGCUUUUUUCCAAAUCUUGCAGUAUAAAACUCCUUUUGUUGUUGAAAUAGUUUUACUAGUUUUCUUUAUUUUCAGGUAAUAUAUUGAGCUCCUAGAACAGUGUUAUUUGAAUGCAAGGUAUAUGUGGAGCAAGAAAGAAUUCGUCUUUUUUAAAAAUAAAAAAGGGAGAAGAAAGAGUUUUAUUCUCAGAAGUUCUAAGUAUUAACUUUAAUAUUUAGUUUUACCUAGAAAAUUACAGAUAAUUCAAUGUACAAGAAACUGAACUGCAUUACUUUUUCGGAAGUGUCAAUUUGAAUUCUCACAUAUAAUUUUUCUCUUUAUUCCCUGCCCAUUAUGUAUAAAAACUUAUAAAUGUUUGUGUACACUUAAAAGUAGCUCCCCCUAAACCUUCUUCCAGCGCAUCUCGCAGCAAGGCUUUAUCUAAAUUCAAAAUGCUGGAAAAAAUUCAUAAGGACAAGAAAGAUUCAUACUUAAACAAAGAAGAAGGAAGCCUCACUUCUGACAGUCCAGACAAUUCUGAGGGAAUGCUUGGAGCCAAUGGAAGCUUUGUCAAGAUACAGAACGCUUCACAGCCUAUGGGAGAAAGUUCUGAGAAUAUGCAUGUGGAAAAGAUGCAGCUUCGGAAAAGUAAUGGAGUUGCUGUCUCCUUAAGUAAAGACAGCCUGGAGACAAACGAUUCAGUUUUAGCUUCUGGGCCUAAUCAAAGUAUUGUGGGAGUUGGAUUGGAUACCUUGGAAGAACAAGAAGAGAAAGAGAUCUUCUUUGCCAAACUUGAACGAGAAGCUUCCUCUACUAUCGAUUAUUCAAGAUUAAAUAAAGAGCUGGAUUCUAAUGAUUCUGUCAUAUUAGCGCCAUUUGUACGGAAUGAAGAAACUGAAAAAGGAGAAGAAGAAUCUGCACAUGAAGAGAAAUCUGGCAGCUACAGUGAAGAUUUUGAAGAAGAAACAGAUGCUAAUCCCGCCUUUAAAACUGAGGGAAAUCAGGAAGAAGCAAACACUGGCAUGCUGGCUAAAGUUGUAUUACUUGAUUCACAAGAUUCAACUACAGAACUUCAAAAGGCUGCUGAAACAUCAGAUGUAGCUCUAGGUGAACAUUAUCUGCCUCAAGAAGUCAGUGGAAUUGAAAUGAAUGAAGCAGGCACUUCCUAUGGACAAACCGCCAGUGACAUCGAAGCAUUACACCAAGCAUACCAUCAUAUUGAUCAGUCUUUGGGAGAUACCGACGAGCAAAAACUGCAUGAUUCUGCAAUGGCAGCCUCGGAAUGCUUAGUGGAAGGUGUUUCACAAAAUAAUGACUUCUAUUCAAAAAACAUGUCAACUAUUGACUCAGAUUUACCUACUGUGGAAGAAUUGAUGAAACCAAUUAAAGGACAUUCAUGUAAUAUCAGAAGUUUUGAUGUGGAGCCUGAAAGUCCUGUGAAACUGGUAGGCAGCACAGCAAAUGACGUCAUCAGCCAUUUGCCCUUUAAAGAGCACCAGAAUAAUACGGUUUGGGAGACAAACUUUUCAAAUAAGUUUAACAGAGAAGAAAGCGUCUUUCUGCAGACAGCUGUGAAUGACGAUGACUUUCAGAGGUUGACUGAGAAAGACAUUCAGACCAGUGAAGUACAGCCUGAUGUACAAAGAGAAGAAAUAGUACAAGACUCUCUGCUUUCACAAGGCAGCAAAACUGAACAAGCUCUUCGGUCUUGUUCCCUGAAGAAUGAAAGAUCGGAAUCAAUGACAACUAAACCAAUGUUAUACAAGAAUAUCAGAAGUCCAGCAUCUUUACAUAAAAAGAAAUCUCCAUAUGGUCCCCAUGGGGUGGUUAGAAGUUCUGGGUAUGGGAAAUCCACUUCACUCUCAAAACAGUCUUUUCCAGUUAAUGAAAAGAAAACACCAAAAGAAACUUUCAAAAAGAUCAGUGUGAAAGCCAAAAAUCCUGCAGAUAGAGCAAGAUCUAAAGAAGCCUUAUUUGCUACUAGGAUAAUAAGAUCUGCAACAAAUGAGCCAACUUUGAAGAGAAGUAUCGACAAAGUUAUAUCUGGCCAAUCAGUUGUUAAUAAUCUUGGACACCAGGCUAUGGAUUAUUGCAGGCAAUAUCAGCAUGAUUUAUCAUUUUCUCCUAUCAAAAGUUGUGAUAGAGAACUGUAUUUGCUAAAACGAGUACAAGUUGCAGAGGAAGACCUGAACACAGCGCGUGAUUUGGUUCAACAGCUAACCAGUACGAUUUUGCAAAAAGAGAAAGAAAUGGAGACAAAGAUAACAGAAUUGAAAACACAGCAUGAAAAAGAGCUUUCUCGGUUGGGUCAGGAAAACUAUGUUCUUCAGAGUAAGUUAAGAAGUAUGGAAGAGCUGACUCAAGAAAAGAGAUGGACCCAUCAUACAGCAACAGUUCCUGUCACUGAAGAAAAACUGGCACAAAUACAAAAAGAAAUUAAAGAUCAAGAGAUCAUUAUUCAAGGUUAUCAACAGGAAAAUGAGAGGUUAUACAAGCAAAUGAAGGAGCUACAAAUCCAAAACAAAAAAAAUGAGGAACAAAUGUUUAAGGAGAAUCAGUGUUUAAUGUCUGAAUUAAUAGCCCUAAGAGAAAAGAUAGAGAAGACUAAUAUCCAGUCACGAAUUGUGCAGGAUUCUGAACCAGCCAGAAAUCAGAGUUUCACAGAAUUGAUUUCAGAGCUUCGAGCAGCACAGAAGGAAGAAACUAAAUUACAAGAAGAGAUAAGACGUCUCAAACAAGAUAAGCAAGCUCUUGAGGUAGACUUGGGACAAGCAAAGAAGGAGAGAGAUGUAGCAAAAGUCCAGAUUGCAUCCACAUCAAGUGAAAAGUCCUAUGAAUUUAAAGUUAUGGAAGAAUCAUACAAACAGGAAAUUGCUCAUUUAAAAAGAAGGCUUCAGUGGUAUGCAGAAAAUCAAGAUCUUCUGGAUAAAGAUGCAGCCCGUCUUAAAGAUGCAAGAGAAGAAAUUGAGAAACUAAAACUGGAGGUUGAGAAGCUCAGAGCUGAAGCUGGAGAUCAGAGUGUGCAACAGAAGAAACGUUUGCGAGACAGAGCAGCGGAUGCUAAAAGAAUUCAGGAUCUUGAGCGACAAAUCAGAGAAAUGGAAGGAAUUCUAAAAAGAAGGUAUCCAAAUUCUUUGCCUGCUUUGAUUUAUGCUGCUGCUACUGCUGAGAAAACUAAUGAUCUUUCAGCUAAAACAAGCACAGUUGAUUUUUUGGAGAGAAGAAUAAAAAAGUUAGAAACAGAACUUGAAGGUAAAGAUGAUGAAGCUAAAAACAGUCUCCGUGCCAUGGAACAACAAUUUCAGAAAAUAAAGAUACAGUAUGAGCAAAGACUUAUAGAGCUUGAGCAGCUACUUGCCUACAAAUUUAUGAGUGAAUCACCAAAACUGAACAGUGAUAAAGCCAGUUAUACAGAACUUGAACAGCAGCUUCAGAAUCUAAAGACGACCCAUCAGAUCACUGUUAAAAACCUCCAGACAGAAAUUGAAAACCUUAAAAGCCAAAAUUCCCAAUUAAAACUCAGAAGUAAAAAGAAUAAUAAAGACUUAGAGUCCCCAGACUCUCAAAUGAAACAAGGUAACACAAAAGACAGACUGUUAAAACUAAAUGAAGAACUGGUCACCAAAAACAGAGAAAUACAAGACCUUACAAAAACUGUAGAGAAACUUCAAAAAGAAAGGAUGAUGAUGUUGUCUGAUAAUAAUUUGAGAAAUAAAACCGAUAAUAAGGAAAACUCUACAGAGAUCUUGAAAAAGAAUACCUCAGCAACAGAUAAAAGGAACGCCAGCAACAGUGAACCCUUUCCAAGUGUUUUCAACACUGACAAAAUAUACCAGCCACAUACCUUUUCGGAUUCUAAUCUCUCGGAAGUUCUGCAAGAAAAUGCACAGCUGAAAGAGGAGCUUGAAAGAUUGUCUCUAGAAAUGAACCAGCAGAGGGUGAAGUCUCAAGCAACACUGGCUUAUUCUGAAAAUAACAUACGAAGGAUACAGGAAGACACAGCAGAAUACAUUGCAUCUCUGAAAGCUUCCCAUCAGAGGGAAGUGGAGAAGAUUCUUUGCCAGCAUGCAAAGGAGCAUUCUACUUCUAAAGUAGCUGAACUAAACAGCAGAAUUUCAACACAAGAGAUAUUAAUAAGACAUCUCCAAGAACAAAUCGGUGAACAACAGAGACAUCAGGAAGCCCUUCUAGUUUCACAGACGCGAGAGAAACUCCUACAAAAAGAGGUGACAAAAUUGUUGGAAGAACUGAGAGAGGCUAAGGAGAGCCAGAGUCCUGAAAUGAAACAUUUCUUGUGCCUGGAAAAGAAAAUCAAGCAUAUAGAGACCAGACACGCAGUAAGAGAGCAAGAAAUCCAAAAGGCAACCCAAUUAACACAACAUGUUACUGAAGUGCGGCAAACCCAAGAGGUUGAGAAGUGGCGAAGACUGGCACAACGGAAAAAUCAAGAACUGGAGAAAUUUCGAGUGGAAUUGGAUUCAAUAUUAGAUGUUUUACGUGAACUGCAGAAACAAGGGGUUGUUAUUCCUGCACCUAAUGGCAGUGGAUUCAGCAUGACAGACAGCUGUUGGAAGACAGGAUUAGGUAGGAGUUGAUUAGAGAAGCAGAAUUUUAAUAUUCAAAGUUAUAUAUGGAAAAUAUUAUUGAAAAUCAUUAAUGUAACACUCGUAUAUAUUAUAUUCUGAUCUUACAUGGAGUCGUACUUGUCCAAAGGUAGAUUUGCACUGAGCAACACCUCAAUCAUAUUGUAUGUCUUAUAUUUCAUUAGGAAAAAGUUACAUGCAAUUUUUUAAAAAUUUUAGGAAUAUUGAGGUUAUUCCAUAAACUCAACUAGCAUUGAGAGAUUCCACGUGAUGCUUUUUCAGACACUGUAGAACAUGCCUGAAUAUUUUUAAUUUUUCUUUAUGACUUGUCUUACAGUGAUUCCUUUGUGAACGAUUUGAGUAAUAUGCUGUUUGAACUUGCAUUUUUAGUACACAGCGUUAUUCUUUUUCAUUCGGUAGGGUAUGAAAAUCCUCUAUUUUCCAACAUUUUGCUUCUCUCCCUCCAAUUCAUAAAAUGUACCUUCCCUUACCUUUAAGACCCCUUUCAACCUUGUGCAUGGUUGGAGGGCUGGAGCAGAGCAGACAUUCUCUGGCGAGGCUCAAAUUCAAACUACCCUCUGUUUACUUUGCAAAUAUUUCGAACUGUGCUGGUAAGAACGAUGGCAGAGUGGCCUAGCUGAAUUGUUAUGGGGCAGAUAUGAAGAAAAGCCUGUAAAAGACAGUGCGAGAGUAGUUCUUGGCAUCCCUUUUAAAAGGGAAGGCUGUACUGAAUAAGAUGUUUACAAGGGGCUGUUCUGGAUCUGCCAGAGAACCAUCUUCACAGGUGGUCUUUACAGAAUAAAGAGGCCAAUCAAAUAUGAAGAUGAUGUACUAAAGCUCAACUGCAGGGAUAUGUUGGUGGGCAAAUUUAGAGUUAAAAUAAUGAGUAAAUUGGAAAAGGAGCCAGGAAAUAAACAAAAAACCCUAUAGUCUUCAGGGGUGACAAAGGAAACUAGUAUGCUUAAGCAGGAAUAAUCUACCACCCAAGUACAGAAUGUGGAUAGAACUUUCUGCUGAAGUGACAGGCAUCACAGCAGGUAACAAACAAGAUGAAUGUUGGAGAGACCGUUGCCUUUUCCCUCUCCUCUUAUGCCCUGGUGGAGUUAUACACCUAAGUGUAGAGCCUGUAACAUACUAGACAGCACAGGAGCAAUUCCUACUGCACUGCUAAUGUGUAACUUAGUGUGCUGAGCUUUUGGUCCCUUCUUUCAAACAAGAUGGACCAGGUGGAGAGAAAAGAACCAGCAAUCUAGAAAAUGUAGCCCCAGGAACCACUGAACCCAGAGGGGUGCCCUGCUCCUGAGGAGAUAGGGGAGGGAAGAUGCAGAUGGCCAUUACACUCAUCCUAUGAAAAACCUGCUGCUAAGAGGAGAGAAAAAGAAGUCAGUCAAGUUAUAGUAAAGAAAAUUCAAGGUACAUAGCUAUUUGGCAGCUGUAAUGACAGGUUUUUCAAACAAUAAAAUCAGUAAAUCAUUAGUUUGAAGGCUCAGCAUUGCAACUCCUUGAGAAUUCCACAGCACAUACACGGAGGUUACAGAUCAAUCAACUAUACUUAUUUAGGGCAAAGAUAAAAGCUAGAAUGUAUUCUUCAGGUCCCUGUAGUCUGGUUGAAGCUAGCAUUUCAGUCAAAUGGGAAAUUCUUCAGAUCUGUGUAUAUGAUUUACGUAUCGUGCUUCUUCAGGGACUAGCGGUAAACACACAUUUUGGCUUACACAAGCAUGUGAUUGAGCACACCUAAAGACAAAGUGGUAUAACAAACUAUACCAUAUAGGCACAGACAGUAACCAACAGUGCAAGGAUUAUCCUGUUUUUUUCUUUUUUUUUCUUUUUUUGAAGUGUACACACAAAGUGAAAGUGUAUACGUUUAUAUAGAGAGAUGUAAAAAAAGAUGGUCAGUUGGGAAUUAAUAUAGUAAGCUUCAUUGUUUCAUAUUCAGAUAUUUUCAGUAUUUUUAGUAUGGAUGUUUUGUGCCCUAAUAAUGAAGUAUUACUCUGUAGUCAUAAAACAUGUAAAUACAAUAAUGCUUUGUAUAUCAGAUAUGUAUAAAUAUGCUGCAUUUUCUUGAUUUUGGACUGUCUUGCAAAUGAAAAGGAUAAAAGUGAAUAAUUUCAACUUACCAUUUAUUUCCUGUACAAUUUGCUAUAUGUGUAACACUGUAUUAAAGUGUGUGACCUGAAGUGAGAUUUUUUUAAAAAAAAAAAAUUACAGCAGCCCUUGUGCUCCCAGAGAGGCCAGGACCUGGAUGUCCUAGGUACACUAGGGCACUGCCUAGGACAGGGAGGCCUAGGGGAAGUGUUUCUGCUGGCUGGAAACUCGCUCUCAAACAUAGAAUCCUUAGGUCAUCAAGAGGAGGCUUGCCUUACUGUUCAUGCAGUUCAUUCAAACACCUUUUAAAAUUCUUAUAUUUGAGUUCUCAGCAAAUGCUGGUAUCUCACAUAGCUUGAAUUUAUGUUUCAAAUUAAAGUCUCUCUCUCUCUGAGUCUAUUUUACUGAGCAGGGACAGUAUUAUUUACUGUUACUCUAAGCUAUAAUACGGUUUCUACUCUGUUCUCACAGGUAUUGAUGUAGUGGUACGCUCACAGAAGCAUUGUCUUCAGUGUUUAGGUAUUUACCAUGAAGUGGGCACUCCACAAGGUAACAGACCAUCUCUGCUCGCAAAGGGCUGUAGUAAUGGUGUUCUUUUUUGGAGAUCAGAUGUCCAAGGUUUAACUUCUGUGCUAAAGGUUUUUCCCUUGCCUCGCCAGCAGUCUUAACAGUACAGAAAAGGGGAAAUACCCUGAAAGGGAGCAAAGGCUGACAAAACAAGUCAUUAACUUUUACUGUAUUCCACUGCAGAUUUCAGUGGGAUCUGUCAGAGUAAUAGGUUUUUUCAUAUGUUUUUCCUUUUCUUAUGCUAUGCUAUUUUAUCAUGCAUUUCCAGGGGGCAUUAUAAUGAAUGGAAUAAA